AAAUAUCAAUUGAGAUAUAAUUGAGCUCCAAUUUGAAUAAGAUACUUGACACUAUUUUGCUAUUAAAUUUUAUAUCCAUUCUUCAAUAUUUUUAUAAUUAAUUAAAUAUAUUAAUUAUAACACUUUUUAUUCCAACAUGCUUUCAUUUGGUUUUAAGUUUAUAAGUUUUCUCUUUUUUUCAAAUGCAUUAUUAACAGUGGCAAAUGCUCAAAUUCGUAUUGAUUCCUCAGAUGAUAUUGGAUCAGAAAGAUUAUUAAAAAGUAAUCUUGGAAUAUAUAAUAUCGGUAAUAAUAAUAAUAAUGGAAAUGGAAAUGAAAAGAUUGUUUAUAUAACUGUUUCAGAAAGGAAAACUAUUACUGUAACCAAGACUGUUACAGCCCAUAUUGAAAUCCCAACUAUUACUCAAAAUAAGAAUCUAAAUUCAAGACAUGAAUUAACUUAUAUCACAACCACUUCAAUUUCAAAUAGUUAUGAUGAUGAUCGUAAAAACAUUAAUUAUGAUGAUAAUGAUUAUGAAAGAGGAUUUGAUAAUAAUAAUAAUAAUAAUAAUAAUGAAAACGGUAAUGGUAAUGGUAAUGGUGAUAAUAUUAAUAAUAAUAAUAAUAAUUUAUUUAUAUCAAGUUUAAAAGAUCCAUCAUUGUCGACUGAUUUGAAUUCAAUUCCAUCGACCACAGAAAAUGAAAUAAAUACUCCCACAGUUAAACAGCCAGAUGUAUUUCAUGGGUUUCCUGAUGAAUUUCCUAAGCAAAAUCCUAUUUUAAAACCUAUUGAAUUUAAUCACUCCCAACCAACACAUCCUGAACCAAUUAAAUCUGUUCCAAUUGAAACAAAUCCAGUCGAUUCUAAUCCUGAUUCAAAUUUUGAUUCAAAUCCUAUUGAUUCAAAUCCUGAUUCAAAUCCUAAAUUGGAUAAACCAGAUUAUCCUGCCCCACAGGUCCCACUUCCAAUUUACAAAAAUAAACAGGUUAUUAAUUCAAAUACUUUAGCAGGAAAUAACCAAACUGCUGGUAGGUUAUAUCGUUCAGGAAAUUAUCCAGCAGGAUCCGAAAUUCCUGUAGGCUCAAAUAAAAUAAGUGAUAAAGACAAAAAUGAAAACAAAAACAAAGACAAAAACAAAGACAAAGACGAAAACGAAAACAAAAGUAACGAAAAUAACAUUGAUAACAACAACGAAACCGAUAAACAAGCUGGUAACGGUUCGGAAAACGAUGAUAGCAGAAAUUUGAGAAAUAUUGAACAAAUUAACGCUGAUAUCAUAGACAGUGGAGGCAAUAGUCUUACGAUUGGGCCCAAUGUUGCAAUUGGAUUUGCCAUCAGCUUGGUGAUUGGUUUUCUAACCAUUUAAAGUGGAUAUAUACUUUAUCUAUAGUUUAUCUUUAAUCUCUUUUUGUUAAGUAUACUGAUUGUGGAAUCAAUCUGAGCUGCAGUUACAGAAGCACGAGAAGAAGAAAAGGAAGAAGAAGCACCAUCUCUUUUCCUGCACGUGCCCGAGAUGGUGGAGAUGCUUCCGAAAGCAGUGUCAUCGCAUCUCCAGAGGUUAUCACCUCUUUCUUCCCCAUUUGCGCCAUAGUUUGAUCUAGCCAUUGAGAGCUGUUCUAGAAAGCAACUGUGGGCCUUUGGUUUUG